AUAAUAAACCCUGGAAUCUUUUUUUCUCGGGGUUUCUUUUUCCAACACGCAUUAGAGAAGCAAUUCACUAGCUACUAGCUAGCUUAAAAUUGAAAGAAUUUUAUCUGAUGGCUCGGACCCUCCCUAGUGUCUAAGUGUUAUCAGAUCCUCGUUUCUUCUUAUCAGAUCCUUCCGCCAUUUCCCUUUUCCCUCUAUUCCCUCUUUCAAUUUGAAUGGAAAUACAGGAUACACGGCAUCAUCCUUCCAUCAUUUGAGAGUUUGAUUUCUCUCCAAAAGUUUGGCCUUUCCCUUCUUUUGUUGCAGCGCGCAAUUGUAACUACACGAUCCUUUGAAGAAACAAAAAUUAUCGCUGCUAUCAUAGCGAAGAUGACUGUCAGUGUUUUCUCGGUACCAGUGUUCUUCGUUGUAUUUCGAGAGUCUCUGGAGACGGUCGUCAUCGUUUCCGUUCUUCUUGCAUUCAUCAAGCAGAGUUUGGGAAACUCUGAUCAAGAUGCGACAUUGCGCAAGAAGCUUUUCCGACAGGUAAUCUGGGGAGCUCUAUCAGGUCUUCUCCUAUGCUUGAUCAUUGGCGGUGGUUUGAUUGGGGCUUUCUAUGGAAUUGGCAAAGAUGCCUGGUCCAGUACCGAAUACUAUUGGGAGGGUUCAUUUGCUAUUGUCGCCUCUGUGAUCAUCACUUUGAUGGGAGCUGCGCUACUCCGCGUGUCCAAAAUGAAGGAAAAGUGGACAGUUAAGCUUCGCCAACACUUGGAGCCAUCAGAAGAUACAAGAAAACGAAGAUGGUAUGCUAGUUGGCUUGACUUCAAAAAGUGGGGAGAAAAGCACUUCCUGUUCGUUCUUCCCUUCAUUACCGUCCUCAGAGAAGGACUUGAGGCCGUUGUCUUUGUGGCAGGUGUUUCUUUCUCUACGCCUGCAACAAGUAUCCCACUCCCGGUCAUUAUUGGACUGAUCGCUGGAUUGGCAGCAGGAUAUGUCAUCUACAAAGGUGGAGCGACAUCGAAACUUCAAGUCUUCUUGGUUAUAUCUACAUGUCUCUUAUAUCUUGUAGCUGCCGGUCUUUUCUCAAGAGCAGUCUGGUUCUUCCAAGCACAAAAUUGGAACGAUGCUACCGGAGGCGACGCAGCAGAGACUGGAGCAGGACCGGGUUCUUAUGAUAUUAGGCAGAGUGUGUGGCAUGUCAACUUUGGCAAUCCUGAAUUAAAUGGUGGUGGCGGAUGGGGAAUUUUCAAUGCCAUUCUCGGCUGGCAGAACUCCGCAACAUAUGGCUCUGUCAUCUCAUACAACCUCUAUUGGCUUGUGGUCAUUGUUGGAUUCCUCUUAAUGAGAUAUAAGGAGGUGAAGGGCCACCUCCCACUCGCUCCAACACUUAGCCCUUAUCUCGCACCCGUCACAACUGUGAAGGGUUAUAUUGCAAACAUGAAACAACGGGCCAUUUACAAGGAUGAAGAGGCCACGUCGAGCAACGAGGUUCAAGAACAUAGAGCCAGCAGUGAGACUUCAUCGAUGGCUAAAGAUCCCGAGAAGACUAUAGAUACAGUAAGAGAGGUACCAGUUUGUACCAUUUCAGGCUGAACUGCUUAGCUGGUCGAGGUAAAAUGCAAAAGCCACACUGUGCAUGAAAUUUGGAUGACAUAGCACUAGCUAAGUUCUCGGAUGUAGACUCUUGCAAUGAUGAGGUUGGGACAUGGUAAUGAAACAAUAAACCAUAUUCAGAGAUGAUGAAGCACAUCAAUAUCGAAAUCCUCCAUCACAUGCUUA